AUGGCCGCGCACACCAUCGUCCUACCGGGCGACGCCAUUGACGACGCCCAGAUCCCGACACACCCCAAGAAGCCGCUGCGACUGGGCCCAGGCCUCCGACACGACCCCUUCACCAAUGCGAUCCUGCCGACCAUCGCGGGCCAGCUCGUGAGCGACCGCCCCAAGAAUGCGCUGCGCGUAGAGACGUCGACCGGACGAUACCUCCCUCGGGCCGGCGAGCUCGUCAUUGGCACCGUUCAGAAAUCCGCCGCCGACGUGUACUACGUGCAGCUGUCGGACCACGCGGCGCCAGCGACGCUGCCGCAGCUCGCAUUUGAGGGGGCCACGAAGAAGACGCGGCCGCAGCUGGCGCCGGGCGCGCUCGUGUACGCGCGCAUCACGCUCGCCGACCGCCACAUGGACGCCGAGCUCGAGUGCGUGUCGGCGUCGACGGGCAAGGCGGACGGGCUCGGCCCGCUGACGGGCGGCAUGCUGUUUGCCGUCUCCCUGGGCAUGGCGCGCCGGCUGAUGAUGCCCGGUGGUGCGGCGGCGAGCGGGGUCGUCGUGCUCGAAGGGCUCGCCGCGGGCGGCUGGCAGUUUGAGACGGCGACGGGGCGCAACGGCAAGGUGUGGGUGGAUGCGGGCAGUGCAAGAACCGUCAUGGCCGUUGGGAGGGCGGUGCAGGAGACGGAUGAGAAGGGGUUGGGGGUGGAGGAGCAGCAGAAGCUGGUGAGAAAACUACUCAAGGAGAUGAGCUGA